CUGGCCCCCUUACAACUCAGAGCUGAUCCCUUGCUCGACGCGAGCCAAUGCAGGCUGUUGACUUCAGUUGGCCGUAUCCACCAGGAUGGAGAUAAUGCCCGACUCGCGAGCCAGCCCGCAUCCCUGCUUCAUUCUAUCAUACCGAAGAACAUCCCCACUGGAGCCGCGCUCGGAGGACCUGACGAAGCGUUGCCUCUUCCGGAGAGGAGAGAAGCAGGGCCACCAACUUUGUAGCCUACCCGCUGGCUGCCCGGCGAUGUCCACCGAGAAGAGAGGCAAUCCCUCAUCGCGAAAGCACACCGCCAGCGUAUCCCAGUGUCCGGGAAAUAUUCCCCCCUGGGCCCGGGUGCUGGACUGAAUCGUGUUUCGGAUGGUUCGCCUGAUCUCGGGCGUUGGCUGCGCGGUGCCUGAGAGGGGUUUUUUCGAAGCCGAUUGAUGACGCUGGCUUUCAGUCUCCGAGAGAGGAGCGCGGUGCUCGCGCCCGCGUCGUGUGCAAGUACGUCGCCUUGCUGUCGAAUCGCUGUGUCGCUCAGAGCGCCUGGAUAAAAGCCUCAUAGGCCAGUGGGCAAUCACCCGUCUGGCAUUCGCCCUCGACGGGGCCCCAGCAACGCAGGAGGCCCAGGCACGCCCGCUGCGCCGCCGCUCGUCGUCCUCGGCCCCGCAGCCAACAAUAAACUCCGGAGGUGUCGGUCUGGCCGGGGCUGGCUGCGGGGGAGAGAGGGAGAGAAAGAACGAAGGGGGAGGCGGAGCACGGCCGGGGAGCUGGCCCCCGGCGUUUGGACAUGCUAGAGGGCGGCGCUAAGGGACGGGGGGUGGAUUUCAUGCAAAAGGACGGCCUGAAAAGAUGGUACCUUGCCGGGAAUCGCACUCCCCGCCCCUGGCUUGCCCCGCGAUUCCAGCCUCCGGGGAAAUGCCACCCACAAUGCCGAGCACCUCGCAAUGUCCCUGCGCGCCAUUGUGCCAGGGGGUGGUCCUCUCUCCCAACGAGCCUGGUGUCGAGGGACCUCCUCAAAUCCCCGCAACCCUGGCGCCUGCCCUGGCCUCUUUGCCACGCAGGUCAUAUCCUAGCCGAACCCCCGCCGAAGGGCCUGGAGGAUCGGGCGUUUAGCUCGUUCCGGGGCCUAAGAUGAGAAAGCACAAAUCCCCUGGGGCCCGGUGAAAAUUAGCUCCUUGGCAUGGUCGCCUCCUGCCGGUGCCUCCCGAGGCGCCAUCGCGCCGAAGGGGCUCGGCACUUUGCAGCCAAGGAACCUCUCCGCCAGAAGAAUCCAUGUCUUCCUGCUGGUCGUUCGCCCGGUGGAGGCGACCCUCCGAGCCGGAUACCGCCGUCGUGCUCGGAUCUCAGUCCGCCUGACGAGGAGAUGAGUCGCCCACCACAGGGCCUCUUCAGCGCGGUGCGCUGCCGGCAUCAGAUCCGCCCUCCUCGGGGAUAACCGCCCUGGUUGGGCCUCUCCGCCGCGGAGGGAGGGUUUUUGGGGGGGGACGGGAGGGGGGCGGGGGGGGAG